UUACAACCGGCCCGGCGAGACUGCGGUCGCAUGGCAAUCCAACUCCGCAACCGCGUCACAGGUAGAAAUCCGAUCGCUACUGCGCGACAAAGUGCUGCGCAACAGUUCACCGAGGAGCUGCACACACUGUUGUCGACCUCUUCGUCAACAUCCGUCGCUGGACCGAGUGCCGAGCCGGAAAAUUAUGCAAAUAAAGCCUCCG